AUGGAAGAGUAUGACACAGAAGCAGAUGUACCAAGGACAGAAAAUAAAUACAUUACGUACCUUCCAAUUGUUUUAGAAAAUAUGAUAAAAGUAAACAGAGGGAAAGGGAAAAUCACAAGCUUUCAUGCAUCCAAAGUACCAGAAAUAUCGAUUAAGAAUUAUAUUCAACGGAUUGGAAAAUACACAGGAUGCAGUAAUGAAUGCUUUGUCCUUUUAAUCAUAUAUCUUGACAGAAUUGUGAAAAUAAAUACAGAUAUUACUUUGUCUCUUUUGUGUAUCCAUAGACUGCUCAUAACAGCUAUCAUGAUUGCUGCGAAAUUUUUUGAUGACUUAUACUACUCCAAUGCGUUUUAUGCUAAAGUUGGAGGAGUUUCUACGGAAGAGAUUAACAAAUUGGAGGGUAUUUUUCUCCAUCUGAUCGAUUACAAUUUGUUUGUAUCCUCAGAGGAGUACAAUCUGUAUAGAUACUCCAUAUCUUUGGCUGUGGAGCGGUACUUGCGCAGAACCCAUGUUGGGGGGCAAGUCGGCAUGGGGGCAGAUAAGAAGCUGGGGCCAACCAACGGGGGGGACCAUCACAGGGGGAGUCAUCAUAGGGGUAGCCAUCACGGGGGGGGCCAUCACAGGGGGAACUGUGCCAGCCGUCCAGCCCCCGUCGCAAAGCCCUAUAACUUGUUUAACUACACCACUCCACACAGGACCAAUAUUAUGUUCCUGAAGCCGGGGAAUGGCCACAAUUUUCAGACCCCGCGCGGG